CGAUGACGUAUCGGCGCAGGCGCACUCUGCCGGCAACGCCGAGGCAGUUCUGCAUCUGUGCGCCGAGCAUUCUUCAGGUCAUCUGAACCUUCUGAGAAAACAUGGUCAACGUCUUGAAAGGAGUGCUUAUAGAAUGUGAUCCUGCCAUGAAGCAGUUUCUGCUGUACUUGGAUGAGUCCAAUGCCCUGGGGAAGAAGUUCAUCAUUCAAGACAUUGAUGACACUCACGUCUUUGUAAUAGCAGAAUUGGUUAAUGUCCUCCAGGAGCGAGUGGGUGAAUUAAUGGACCAAAAUGCUUUUUCCCUUACCCAGAAAUGAAAAUACUCAAUAUAGACCAUUUAGGAAUUAUAAGCAGCAAAUGUGAAAGACUUGCCACUCAAUAUCUUAGGUGACUGAUUAGACAUAGAGGGUUGUUUUAGGAGCAUGCCACGGGAAAGACCGAGGGAUCACGAUCAUUUGUUCAGAAAAAAAGCCCCUGAACUGAUUUUGUUAUACCAUAGAAUUUUAAAAAAAAAAAGCUUUAACAGUUGGUUAUAAUUUGGCUUUUAUUAUCCUUUAUUAAAAUACAAAUGUCAAUGCU